AGACAAACACAGACAGUGCCAGACAGGCAAAGCAUCGCACGCACGCAGGCAGGCGACAGACAAACAUGGAGCCUAAUGCCACCAUUCUGCGCGUAAAGCGAAAGCGGGGCACAGACCCGGCGGACGCCUUGUUGCUCGCCUGCAAGCGUAUCCGACCGGAGACGAACCAGGCUCCCGGCGAGACGGCACCGGAGCCCGGCGAGGCCGACGUAGAGAAGUCAGUGUUCAAACUCGUGGCCACUGUAGCGACACAGGAUGCCCCUGUGCAAACGGAGGUCCGUCAGGCCUUGGCCCGACCCCGCGUGGCGCAUGCCCUGCGGCCGUCCGCGAACAGCUCGCAGCGCAUUUUCAGCGACCUGCGCAGCGCCAAAUUGGGCAUCCGGCGUGAGGAGCGUUACCGGAUCCUCUCUAGCCACCGCACUACUGCUGGCCUCACGCUACCCACCCACACGCCGAAUCACCAGGCGGGCGAUGCCGCCACAGUGGCAGCGGUGGAGGUGCAAGAGGAGGAGGAAGAUGCGCGGAAACAGGAGAAGUGUUUAGGUCAUGGAGAAGUCCAGGUGGUUGAUCUCCUGCACGAAGAUCUCCCAGACCAGGACAAAUCCCUCAGCAAGAUCCAAGAGUCAGACGUGAUCCUGUGCAACAACACCAAGAUGCUACGAGAGCGCCUGUGCAUCCACGAGCAGCAGCAGCAACACCGACGUUGGCCACACGACGACGCCAACGAGGAAGGACACGACAGCGACUACGUGUACGAUCUCUACUACCAGGAAACCGCCACGCCGGGAUGGAUCCACGACAUCCUGUCUGUCAGGGCCUACGCAGACCACACACAACUGGUUCCCGAGGAGGAGGCUGGCGAGGGUGAGACAUAUGAUGACGAGGAUGAUGAGAAUGAGGAAGACAACUGGAGGAACGACUACCCCGAAGAUGAGAGCGAUGACGACGACAGCGACAGAGAGGAACGCUACGGGCACGACUGGGAUGAGGAUGACAACGAGGAGGAGCACUUUUCAUACCGCAGGAGCUGGCAACGCUACCAGCAAGAGCUGCUGCAACAGCUCGAUCACCACCAAAACCACCAGCGGGACCUCGACGACGGCGACACGGACAAGUACGACUCCGACUGAAUCCAAAUUGGUCCUUUCUAUUUUUCUAAGUACAUUUGUGCGUAUGUGUGUUCGGUAUGCUUUGUGCUGUUCGCGUGCAGUGCGUUCAAUUGCAUAUGUGCUCUAGAGUGUUUUGUAUACUGUGGAAGUGUGGGGUUGUGUUGUGUUGCGGGACCGACAUUUGGGGAGCGUCAAUUUUGGUCCACGUUUUUGUUUGUUGAAGUUGAAUGUGUUAGAAUGCUUGUUGGAUAUUAAUUUGUAAAUAUGUGUAUAACAGAUUUGAAAAUAAAUGUUAAAAGCACU